UCUGCAAACGUGUGAAACCAACUGCUUGAGUAGUUUAGAUAAAAUGAAAAGUAAUUUUGCUUUCUUCAUAAUCAUCUCUAUUACAGGUCAUAUCCCUGUAUUUGGACUAUCUGUUCACCAAACACCUUUGAACAUAAACACAUCUGAGGAGGCAAAUGUGAGCAUUAAUUGUCACAUUGAAUCAGAUACAAAAACGCACAGACUGAUGGUUUUGUGGUUAAAAAAUAAUCUCACAGAAAUGCUCCGUGAAAUAUUUAAUACUUCUGAAUCUGAACAUCGAUUAUAUAGUGGAAAUGUAAGCGUCACUUCGACACUUCAUCUGCAUUCACUACAGCCUAUUCAUACUGGUGUUUAUUACUGCAAAAUAACGCAAGAUGUACCCACACUUACAACUGUAUACGGAAAGGGGACACGUGUAUAUAUUGUGAAUAGUUCAACAGAUGUCACAGUGACCACUUCAGCUCCCUCGGAGAGCACAGUGAUGAUAUCGUCACUGUCAGUUUUGGGAAUUCUCGUCCUGAUUUUCUGCAUUGCCUUUGUCAUCCACAUACAAUACAAAAAACAGCAAACAAGUGACCUUAGAGCAAGAGAUGCCCUAGUGGAUGCAAUUGGACGACAAAGUCCUGUCAUUUCUGAAACUUCUGUUAUUUAUGCUGCAAUAUCCAUUCAAAAAAACCAAGAGGGUGUAAAAACAAGAAACAAGAACUGUGAAGCUCAGCUAUCUGCCACAGUAUCCUGUACUGAAGUGACUUACUCUCAAGUCCACAUAAAGAGUCAACUAAAGGAUGAAGGGUGAUUUUCUGGACCAUCAUUUUAAUUUGUCUGAAUCUUGUUAACUGUAACCUUCUAAUAGUUUGAUCAGAUAAAAUAAUAGAUUAAUAAAGAUAUUAGUUUGUUUAUCUUGAAUUUCAAAGUUCUGUCUUGUUUUAAGCAGAAAUGUCUUCAUGAUGCAGCAAUUCUUGUUUUCUCAUCAGUGUAGGACUGGAGAUUCACCCACUCAGUCAAGAAAUUACUGAAUACGAAAUGUUGAAUAAACACACAGUCAAUAGCAAUAAAUGUACAACUCCAUGUAAUGGCAGUAUUGCUUAGCGGCCCACAGCAUCUUUAUCUUUCUGUUAAGUGCACUUACAAAUAAUAGAUUUCAAAUUAACAUAAAAUGGCAAUAACACUGCGAGGGUUCAUUUAGUAAGA